GUUUGCGAGGCGGCAGUGGCUGGGCUCCGCGCUGCCGCCGGCCACCUAGGGGAGCGCUGGCGAGGCGCGGGCGCUCGGCGUAGGCGGCCGCGGCCCAGGCUCUCGGCGCGGCGCGGCAGCAGAAAUCCUAAAGUAAAUCCAUCAGGAUGACACCUUCUCAGGUCACCUUUGAAAUCAAAGGAACUCUUUUACCAGGAGAGGUAUUUGCAAUAUGUGGAAGCUGUGAUGCCUUGGGAAACUGGAAUCCUCAAAAUGCUGUGGCUCUUUUUCCAGAGAAUGAGACAGGAGAAAGUAUGUUAUGGAAAGCAACGAUUGCGCUCAGCAGAGGAGUGUCAGUUGAGUACCGCUACUUCAGAGGCUGCUUUUUAGAACCAAAGACUAUCGGUGGUCCCUGUCAAGUCAUAGUUCACAAGUGGGAGACUCAUCUACAACCACGAUCAAUAACCCCUUUAGAAAGUGAAAUCAUUAUUGACGAUGGACAAUUUGGAAUCCACAAUGGUGUUGAAACACUGGAUUCUGGAUGGCUCACAUGUCAGACUGAAAUAAGAUUACGUCUGCAUUUUUCUGAGAAACCUCCUGUCUCAAUUACCAAGAAAAAGUUCAAAAAAUCUAGAUUUAGGGUAAAGCUUACACUAGAGGGUCUGGAGGAAGAUGAUGAUGAUAAGGUAUCUCCCAGUGUUCUUCACAAAAUGACCAACAGCCUAGAGAUAUCCUUAAUAAGUGACAAUGAGUUCAAGUGCAGGCACUCACAGCCAGAUUGUGGGUACGGCCUACAGCCUGAUCGCUGGACAGAGUACAGCAUACAGACAAUGGAACCAGACAACCUGGAACUAAUCUUUGACUUUUUUGAGGAAGAUCUCAGUGAGCAUGUAGUUCAGGGUGAUACUCUUCCUGGACACGUGGGUACAGCAUGCCUCCUGUCAUCUACCAUCGCUGAGAACCAAAGGAGCGCUGGAGUCCUUACUCUUCCCAUCAUGAGCAGAAAUUCCAGAAAAACUAUAGGCAAAGUCAGAGUCGAUUUUAUCGUCAUCAAGCCAUUACCAGGAUACAGUUGUUCCAUGCAGUCUUCAUUUUCUAAAUAUUGGAAGCCAAGAAUACCAGUGGAUGUUGGACAUCGUGGCGCAGGGAACUCAACAACAACUGCCCGGCUGGCUAAAGUACAGGAAAAUACUAUUGCCUCUUUAAGAAGUGCUGCCAGUCAUGGUGCAGCAUUUGUAGAAUUUGACGUCCACCUUUCAAAGGAUUUUGUGCCUGUGGUAUAUCAUGAUCUCACAUGCUGUUUGACUAUGAAAAAGAAAUUUGAAGCUGAUCCAGUUGAAUUGUUUGAAAUCCCAGUAAAAGAACUAACAUUUGACCAACUCCAGUUAUUGAAGCUUUCUCAUGUGACUGCACUAAAAAUCAAAGAUCGGAAACCAUCUCUGGUUGAGGAGGAACAAUUCCUUGCUGAAAACCAGCCAUUUCCUUCUCUUAAGAUGGUUUUAGAAUCAUUGCCAGAAAAUGUAGGAUUUAAUAUAGAAAUAAAAUGGAUUUGCCAACACAGGGAUGGAGUAUGGGAUGGCAACUUGUCAACAUAUUUUGACAUGAAUCUGUUUUUGGAUAUAAUUUUAAAAACUGUUUUAGAGAAUUCGGGCAAGAGAAGAAUAGUAUUUUCUUCAUUUGAUGCAGAUAUUUGUACAAUGGUUCGGCAAAAGCAAAACAAAUACCCCAUAUUAUUUUUGACCCAAGGAAAAUCUGAAAUUUAUCCUGAACUCAUGGACCUUAGAUCUCGGACAACACCCAUUGCAAUGAGCUUUGCACAGUUUGAAAAUAUUUUAGGGAUAAAUGCCCAUACUGAAGACCUGCUUAGAAAUCCAUCCUAUGUCCAAGAGGCAAAGGCUAAGGGAUUGGUCAUAUUCUGCUGGGGUGAUGAAACCAAUGACCCUGAGAACAGAAGGAAACUGAAGGAAUUUGGAGUAAAUGGUCUAAUAUAUGAUAGGAUAUAUGAUUGGAUGCCUGAACAGCCAAAUAUUUUCCAAGUGGAGCAGUUGGAUCGCCUGAAGCAAGAAUUGCCAGAGCUUCAGAACUGUUUGUGUCAUUCCGUUAGUUCUGUCAGCCAGCUAGUCUCUUCAUCUUUCUGUGGGGAGCCUAAUAUCCACGUGGAUGCCAACGGCAUUGAUAAUGUGGAGAACGCUUAGUCACAGAGGAUGCCGGGGGCACGUGCGGCUGCUCUGAUGUUCAGUUUUCACCAUUGAACCACUGCUGCUGCCUUUUAGGUUUCUCAGUCCGAUGAAGCAAUAAUGAAGUGUUUUACUAUUUCAUUAUGGUUCCCACAAGAAUAUCAAGUAUGCUAUUUAUAACUUGGCCAGGUAUAAUUACCAGUCAGUCUGUAAAAUGAGAAAAUGAGAUAUCUAAGCCUAUAAUGUUGACUCUUCAUUUGAAAGCAUAGUACUUGGAAAAUAAUUAUAUAAAUAUCUCAUAUUUAAACUUUAGGCUUUUUAUUUGAUUAGGUGUUAAUUCUUAAGAGCUUGAGAAAAAUGACUGCAUAAUUAUACCUGACCAUGGAAAAAAUAAGUACCUCAAAUGCAUGCAUUUGCACUGGUGGCUCCAGCUGCACAAACCCCAUGUCAUCCGUGUACAUGGCAUCUUUCCUUGGGUUGAUAGGAACUACGCCAUCUUUUUUCAGUGUAAGCCUCAGACUGCUGCCGUUUUCCCACUGACCCAAACCAGCCUUCAGACUUGUUGCAUAAACUUUUCAAAAAUGUUAAAAUUCCAGAAUGCUGCAGGGUAACUUAAUGUAUAAAAUAUUAGUAAAAAUAUAUAUUGCAUAUAUGAUAGUAUAGAUCACAAUGUAUAAAUUUGACUCAAUGCAUGCUUUAGGUCUUAAGCAUGAGAUUGUACAUGUUUACUGUUAAGUCCUUGCAUCUGGUGCUAGGUGAGUGAGAUGUCAAGGACUGAAAAUACUUUGCCGCCUAAAAAAAACAAAGUCUGUUUGUAGACAGUUUGAGUAUGCUUAUUUAGUGUCUCACUACCUAGUGAACGUAAGUGCCGUGUGCGCUACACAGUAGUUAAUUUAAAUUCCCAUGCAGAAAAAUAAAUGUCCUGAAUUCUCACAUUGGUAUUCUUUAUUGUUAAUGUAUAUCAUGUAUGUAAUUUAGGAAUAUAGAAGAAUCUUACUGUGUAUAAAUGCAUGUUUGUAGGAUUAUACUAAGAUUUUUUUCAUUAGAAGCAGAUUGUAUCGAUAAAACUGUAACUUCAGAAUGAAUGUUAAAUAAAACAAUGGAUUUAUUUUUUCCUCAUUUUAAAAUGAAAUUUCAAGAAGGUGUUACUUUUGUAGAAUGGUUUUAUAAUGAUAUUCUGAUAAAUAGAAAUUUCAUUCUGGUUAUGUGGGCUGGCUCACUUCCUUAGUGUGUUCCUCCUGAGGUGGUGUGUCCAUAUAUUGACAUAUUUUGACAGUAGCUGGGAACCUAAGACUUAAAAUGACAAGUUAUACCUAGUUUUGUGUGUGUGUAUGUUUUAGAGACAACCUGUUUAGCCUGGCUGUUCUGAACUCACUGUGUAAACCAGCUAGCUUUGAACUCUCAGCUCCAUCUGCCUCUGCCUCCUAAGUGGUAUUAAAGUCAUGCACCACCA